AUGCCUGAGAAAUCAGUCAAGAAGAGGAUUCAGCCCAGUGAUAUCCCACCAUUAGCCAAUGCAUUUUCUGGAGCGGUAGGUGGUGCGGUUGCCAACUUGGCUGUAUUCCCAUUGGAUCUUGUAACUACGCGAUUCCAGGUGCAAACAAAGCUAGACACUGCUGAAAAGUACGAUGGACUUGUUGAUGCAUUUAUAAAGAUUUAUAAAGCUGAUGGUAUCGCAGGAUUUUACGAUGGAGCUGUAAGUGAUACAGUAGCAACUACGGCUCAGGCGUUCUUCUAUUUCUUUGCGUAUGAUGCGCUCAGAUCAAAGAGGCUCUCUCAACAUGCCAGAAAACUGGGAGGUGUUGCUCCAUCGACUCUUGGUGUUGGUGAAGAGCUAGCUAUUGGAUCCCUGGCAGGAAUUUUUGCAAAGUUUUUUAUAUCGCCUUUGAAUAAUAUAGUGGCAAGACAACAGACAUCUGCAUUGGUUAAGAAAGAACUAGAUGAAUCAAAUGCAUCUGAGAAGCCUUCCAACGCUAUUAAGCAAAGUCACCAUGAUUCUGCUAUUGAAAUUGUCAAGGCGAUUUACAAGGAGCGUGGCUUUCUCGGAUUCUGGUCUGGAUACAAGGCUACGGUUUUGCUGUCUAUCAAUCCAUCGUUGACCUACUACUUUUUCCAACUAUUCACUGCCGUUCUUAUUCCCAAACGUCGUCGUAAGAACCCUACAAGUGUAGAAAUCUUCUUCCUUGCUGCAUGGGCCAAGACCAUUGCCACCUUAAUCACCUAUCCGAUUAUUCUUGCCAAAACUCGAAUCCAGAUCGUUCGAGCUACUAAGUCCGCCGGUUCUCUUUUCUCUCAAAUUCUGAAAACGCUCGACUCCGAAGGUAUUCAAGGACUCUACAUGGGAGCCCGAUCCCAGAUUCUCAAAGGUUUCUUUAGCCAGGGAAUCACCAUGAUGACCAAAGAUCAAAUUGCCCGUUUAAUAAUUUACGUCUACUUUGUGGGCAAGAAAUAUAUCGUCUAG